AUGAAUUACGACGAUGAUUGGCCAUCGUGCGUGGGUUACUCGAUCGCUUGCUUAUUCCAGGUGAUAUCAUCGGAGACGACCACGCUGCCGACGGUAAUAAGAACUAAAACCAUGGCACAGCCAGUUCAUCUACAGUACAACUCACCAAUGCCUAUCUAUUCAAGAGAGGCUGCUGAAGAAGAAUUUGAACACCAACUUGGCGGCACAUCUCCAAUUCCGAUGCCACUUGGUGACAAGCGUUUUGACCCAGAAAAGAGCGCGACAUUAAAGUUUAUUAAGGAAGGUGAUGAAGGCCACUUUGGCGAGCACCUCUUUGAGCAGAUCGCUUCAGCUGAAGCACCGAAAGUGUAUCCGCGUCAGGAACCCGAAUGGGCACAAUAUGCUCGAGAGAAAAGCGAACGUGCACGGUCUCGAACACCAGCCGAUCCAAGUCAGCACUAUACUCCAACGACAACGCCGCUACCAACCAACUACUACGAACGUCAACGUAGCGAGACGCCAAGAGAGUUCCUAGAAAAGUCCAAAACAUUCACGCAUACGAAUCGACCUCAAUAUGGGCCGCCUUACUUUCAAAUGCAGUACUAUCAACGCACUCGAGGACACAGCGAGCCAAGAGAAACGCACGGUUACGAAUGUGGUGGUCUAGACUACACCAAAGGUCUGCACUUCCCGUCCGUACCCUAUGAACAAUACCUGGAAAAUCGUAGACGACGAGGAUCCGAUGUGCCACACACCCGAACAGGCUAUGAAUUGGGUGGCACUGAUUUUGGAAAGGGCUACACUGCGCCUGGUCCAUACCGUGGACACGGACCAGAUCCUCCUCGUCUCCGAUCACGUUACUCAGCCGAUCCAAGAUCGCCAUGCAAUUCCUAUUAUGCGCCAAAUGUGGACGAAGUGGAUGCGAAUCUUCUUGUGGGCGACACAGUUUCUAACCAGAAGAUUAGUCAUGAAGUGCGACACAUCAGUCAGAAUGAAUUUGGCACGAGCUUCGCACCACCUCCUGGUUUCAAACGAGAUCACAUUACUGUAAGGCGUAGUCCACCACCACCGGAACCCGUCACGUUUAGUAUUUCGGCUAAUAAAUCUCGAUAUGGAGGCUCAGUCGGCAAUCUAUCAUCAUCAAACUAUCAACGACAGCAGGACACGUGGCGACAAUCGAGAACACCUGAUGCGAAAGAGGUGACGGUACAAACGCUACUGAACGAUGACGUGCUGAAAAAAGUGGAUCGCGAAACCACACCUGUAUGGCACGAUCGUAGUGUUAGCAAACAGGAAGCAUGGAGGCACCGUGCCGACCCGUUACACGAGCGGAAUCAGGUGUUCACAUCUGAACCGAAUUGGUCACGUACUGUUCAAGAACGUCGUAAUGCAUGGGAACGUAAAGCUUACGAUACGGAAGCUCGUCUGAAUCUACCGGCAUUAGCAAAGGUGCCUCCAUCACAACCACCGGCUUGGCAUAGCAAAGCAGCCCGCACCCACAACGUUUGGCAAGCAGCGGCGGAUACGAUGAAUGCCCACGCUCAACAUUCCUAUACUCAACCAGAACAUCAAAGCUAUGAGACGAGCCAAACAGUGUACUCAAGUGGCGCACAUCCGUACCAGUCGCAAUCACAAUACGAAGAGCAGCAACGCCAUCAGCAGCAACAACAACAACGACAGAGUUACAUCAGUUCGGAGCGCUCUGAAGAUUACAGCAGCACAACACAAGGUGUACCAGUACAACAGACGUACAUCAGUUCGAAUUUAACGAAUGGCAACAACGCUGAAUACCAAGUGAACACUGGCUACAACAUGAAUCAAACUGAUUACGUACGAGAUCAUUUCGACAAAUAUCGAGCCGGUCCGAAGUAUGGCAGUUCGCAUUACGAACAAAUAAAUCAAUCCAGCUAUAGUAAGACCUACUCGUCCACUUCGCAACAACAACAACAACAACAACACUUAGGACAGACAUCUACUCAGACGUAUCCACCACCGACGAACACCAACUAUCAGCAACAUCAACAGCAACAACAGCAACAGCUUGCUAGCAACUAUAAUCAGUCAUCUCAUUUCACUGACGCAACAAGAACUAUGCCAGUACUGCCUGAUAAGACUUACGAGGUGAGUUGA